UUCUCGCUCCUCCGGCGGCUCCUUCCCUCCUCCUCCCCGGAUCUUCCGCGUCAUCAUGGGCUUCGGCGACUUGAAAUCAACCUCCGGCCUCAAAGUGCUGAACGGCUUCCUGGCGGAGCGCAGCUACAUCGAGGGGUACGUUCCCUCUCAGGCUGACGUAGCGGUCUUCGAGGCGAUCUCGACCCCACCCCCAGCCGACCUGUGCCACGCCCUCCGCUGGUACAACCACAUCAAAUCCUACCAGAGCCAGAAGAGCAGCCUCCCAGGUGUGAAGAAACCUCUGGGCCAGUACGGCCCCUCAGAUGUGGCUGACACCACAUCCACCUCCGCCCCCGCCUCCAAAGAUGACGACGAGGACGACGACAUCGACCUGUUCGGCUCUGACGAGGAGGAGGAUGCAGAGGCAGCCAGACUGAAGGAGGAACGCCUGGCCGAGUACGCCGCCAAGAAGGCAAAGAAGCCCACCCUCAUCGCCAAAUCGUCAAUCCUAUUGGACGUCAAGCCGUGGGACGACGAGACAGACAUGGCAAAGCUGGAGGAGUGUGUUCGCAGUAUUCAGAUGGAUGGGCUCGUCUGGGGACAGUCCAAACUGGUCCCGGUGGGUUACGGCAUCAAGAAGCUGCAGAUCGGCUGCGUGGUGGAAGACGACAAGGUGGGCACAGACAUCCUGGAGGAGCAGAUCACAGCCUUCGAGGACUUCGUUCAGUCGAUGGAUGUUGCUGCUUUCAACAAGAUCUGAGAACAAAUAUCAUGUUAAUAAAGAGCACUUCAACACAGAA